UGAUGACAUUGAAUUUGCCAAAUCAGUUGAUCCAACUGUGAAGUUUGAUGGUUUAUUGGCAAGUUGUAAAGGUGUGGGUGAAAAACAAGUUGCGGGGCCAAAUAUUGACAAAGAGGUUCAAUAAUCUGAUGAAGGGACACCAUAUGGUAGUGAUGAAGAAGGAGUAGUAGAGAAAUUGCCACAUUUUAGGACUAGCACUGACAUCGAAUGCCCUGAAUUUAGUAUUGGUUUAAAAUUUGCUUCUAAAACUGAUUUUAAACAGGCCAUACUAAAUUAUGCUUUUAAGGCUGUGAAGGAUUUAAAAUUCUGCAAAAAUGAUAAUGUUAGGUGUGUAGUCAAUUGCAAACAAAAUGGAUGUUCUUGGACAAUCACUCUUAGGUUAGACCCUCAUUCUAAUACUUGGAGAAUUACAACCUUUAAUGAUUCCCGUGUUGGGUGUCCUUGGGUGAAACAAAACAAAAUGGUAAAGGCAAUGGAAGCACCAUCCCAGCCUAAUCUAGAAGCUGCAUCAAAUUAUCCAGGAUCACAGCCUAUUCCAGCAACUGCACCAGAGAUUCCAGUAUAUCUUCCUGAAAAUCCAGCACAUGAGGGUGAAGGAGGACACAACGUGGUGCCUAGCCUACAUAUGUCAUUUUUCUCAGAAGAUGAUGAACAUGAAGUAGGAGAUGAGGUAGUUGAAGAAGGACAUGAGGUGGUGAAUAAUCAAGAACUGCCAACUCAACAACCUCCUCCCCCUACUGCCAAAAAACAAAAGACUCUUGGGUUGAGAAAACAAGUGAAGACAAAGCAAGCGCGUACAAGAAAAUGCAAAACAAGGUCUACCAUGGGGUUCAAGAGCAAAUUUAAAGGGAAUUUCAAUGAACCUAUUGAAAUUGAAUGAAAUCUGGAUUUGGAUUGUUUUUGUUAUACUGGUUUGUUUUAGAAUGUUGCCAUAGUUACUUUUAGAAGGUUUUGUUUUUUUGUUGGCAGUGGUAGAAAGGAAAAAACCAAAUUGUUGCCAGUGUUAGAAAACACCAAACUGGUGGGCAAUUUUAGCAUGAAAUUGUUUUUUGUUGCCAGUGUUAGAAAACACCAAUGUAUGGAAUCUCUUUUUUGUCCAAUUUAUGCAAUCU